CGCCGAUAUUAUUUGCCAGGAGCCCCGCCCCUCAGCCGGAGGCCCCGCCCCUGGGAAGAUGGCGGCCAUGGCGGCGCUGCGGGCGCUCCGCUGGCGCCUCCCGCGGACCCCGGGCCCCCGCCCGGCCCGACGCCUCAGCACCGCCGAGUUCCCCUCGCCGGAGGAGAAGCCGCAGUUCCCCGGCGCCUCGGCCGACUUCGCCGACCGGCUGGAGUUCAUCCAGCCCAACGUCAUCUCGGGCAUCCCCAUCUACCGGGUGAUGGACCGGCAGGGCCACAUCGUGAACCCCGCCGAGGACCCCCAGCUGCCCAAGGAGCUGGUGCUGAAGUUCUACAAGACCAUGACACUCCUCAACACCAUGGACCGCAUCCUCUACGAGUCCCAGCGCCAGGGCCGUAUCUCCUUCUACAUGACCAACUAUGGGGAGGAGGGGACACACGUGGGCAGCGCGGCCGCGCUGGAUGACACCGACCUCGUCUUCGGGCAGUACCGGGAGACGGGAGUGCUGAUGUACCGGGGUUACCCCCUGGACCUCUUCAUGGCGCAGUGUUACGGCAACACCAGCGACACCGGCAAGGGCCGGCAGAUGCCCGUCCACUACGGCUGCCGCGAACGUCACUUCGUCACCAUCUCGUCGCCGUUGGCCACCCAGAUCCCGCAAGCCGUGGGGGCCGCCUACACCAUCAAGCGCGCCGACGCCAACCGGGCGGUGAUCUGCUAUUUCGGGGAGGGGGCGGCCAGCGAGGGGGACGCCCACGCCGGCUUCAAUUUCGCCGCCACCCUCGAGUGCCCCAUCAUCUUUUUUUGCCGUAACAACGGUUACGCCAUUUCCACUCCCACUUCCGAGCAGUACCGGGGCGACGGCAUCGCGGCGCGCGGCCCCGGCUACGGCCUGAUGUCCAUCCGGGUGGACGGCAACGACGUCUUCGCCGUUUAUAACGCCACCAAAGAAGCCCGGCGCCGCGCCGUGGCGGAGAACCAGCCCUUUCUCAUCGAAGCCAUGACCUACCGCAUCGGCCACCACAGCACCAGCGACGACAGCUCGGCGUACCGGUCGGUGGACGAGGUGAAUUACUGGGAUAAACAGGAUCAUCCCAUCUCCCGCCUGCGGCACUACAUGCUCAACCGGGGCUGGUGGGAUGAUGAGGAGGAGAAAGGCUGGCGCAAGAGCUCCCGCAAGAUGGUGAUGGAGGCGUUCGAGCAGGCGGAGCGGAAGCCGAAACCCAACGUGCAGCUCCUCUUCUCCGACGUUUAUCGGGAGAUGCCGCCUCACCUGCGGCGGCAGCAGGAGGCUCUGGAACAGCACCUGCAGCACUACGGGGAGCACUACCCCCUCGAGCACUUCGAAAAGUGACCCCCCCACCCCCACCCCCAGCCCACAAAUAAACCCGGGUGCGCGCCCA